CCUUGUCCUGUUUAUAUAAUAGAUGCAGUUGAGCAUGCCGCUGGCUUCUUGCCUCCUGUAAGAGCCUGCCAACCUUCUCAUCCAUCGACAAACAAACACCCCCGCCAUGGCCGAGAUCCUGUUGACGGCAGCGAACGCUGCGGAGAUAAUCAUCGAAGUCUGGAGCAAAAUCGAGGAGAGAAUCGAAGAGCAAGAGGUCGCCGAGGCUCUGGCAGCAGAUCUCUCCGAGUUCGGCAUCACAAGCAAACGCGUCGCUCUCCAGACCGAUGUCGAGAUUGCGCAGAAGGUGGUCCGCGACCUGAGCGCCCCUGCAGAGAGGAGGAAAGACCUCGAAGUCCAGUUCCAGCGCGUCUAUCAGCAACUCCAGAGCAUCCCACCAGCGAUCGAGAAAGUCGUCAAGAACCAAAAUAGAGGAGUUCCCUUCAAGUACUUCCACCCACAGGCAAAUAGGAAGCUCGCAAAAAUAGUGGAAAGCUACCGAACCAGCUUCCGGGACUUUGACCAGGCCGUCAUCAGAGCUGAUGCGGCUACCAGGGGGGACUUCUACCUCCUGAUCCAACCCGGUGAGAUGAAAGUUGUCGGCGACCCGCCCGAGGUUUCCUCGAUUGGCGACGCCAUCUCGGUCGCUCGUGUCUCCUACACGGCCUUUGGGGCCAAUGAAAGUGGCGUCGCCAAAGUUCUCUGGGAGACGCUGGCCAGUAACGAAAGCACAUGGGCUGAGAACGAUAGCGACAUGCGAGUCCUCUCUGCGGCGCUCUCGGGGGCCUUACCACACUGGCAUAUACCGAGACUCAGGGGAUACGAGAGGAACAAGAGUUCCAAGACAAUGCGCCUAGUUUUCGAGCACCCGGACCCCACCCGUGAACUCUGCACCCUGAGCGACGUAUAUGAGGCUGCGGCGACGGCGCCGUCUCUCACUAUUCGUGUGCGUUUGUGCUAUCAGCUUGCCCUCGCGGUUUUGCACGCGCACAAGCCAAGGAUCAACGUCGUGCAUAAGCAUAUCCGACCGGGUAACCUCCUCCUGGCUGUGCCAAAGGUGUGGAAAAUUCGGACGGGUGAACUCGUCAUUCCCCAGGAUUGGAGAGGCGAGAUGGACAGGGCCGGCCGGGCUGGGUUUCCCAGCGUUGUUGACCUCUUCCUCUCGGGCUGGCAAAACGCUCGCACCACCGUUCAGGCCACCAGGGUCAUAGGGGAAGGGGCCCCUCACCGGAUCAUGUACCAACAUCCGCAACGGCACCAAACCAACACAGUCGAGAAAUAUAACAUCGGCCACGACAUAUAUAGCCUUGGUGUGUGCAUGUUGGAGUUGCUGACCUGGGAGCCACUGGUGUCCUUCGACGAGACGACGGGGGGUUCGAGGUUGUCCGACGCAUAUCAGGCGGCGUUCUGCGAGAAAGAAUUCGACACCAAAGUUGAAAUUCCCCUCGACGGAGACGUAGACCUGGCCCAGUUGUUCACGCAGGACCCCAACGAAAUCAAGGAGACAAUCAUCGAAAUCGCCAAAACGCGCCUGGCCCUUCACGCGGGAGACCGGCUCGCUAACCUCGUGUGUCGCUGCCUCACUUGCCUCGAUCCGGUCCCAAUGUACGGUGGCAGUCGGUUCCACGAUGGAGACAACAAAAACCAAAUAUCCGAGACAUUCUCGCGGGAAAUAUUCUCUGACCUCAACAAGCUCCUAGACGUGCUCGAGGUAGCUGCCAGUACGGAGGAUGUGGAGUUGAUAAAGUAGCUGGUUAUUGUGAGCUUUCGAACUUGGGUUGUACAUGCCUCACACCGAUUGCAACAUACCUUCAUACCUAGGUACAUUGUAAAGCAAUCGUCCUCGUCUCCAUCCGGCCGCGGCGGUUUUUUACUCUCCUGUGAGAAAUAGAGACCUAGAUACCUGAGGUACUCAUUAAUAGAACGCCAGAAACACGGACGUUUACUGGCAAGCAACAUGAGGAGCGGAAGAUGGAAGUGACGGGCAAUGAGUCGACCUUACAGGUAGAUGCGACCGUCACGUGAUGUAACAAAGUGGAAAGCAAACAGAGUACAGAUCUGUAUUUCGUACAAUACUGUGUAAUGUGUUACAAAAUACAGUCCCACUCCAUCAACAAAUU